AUGGUAACUUCGCCAAGGUCACUUGUAGAAAUGAAUAUUAUGAUUGAAGAUAUGAUUUCGUCUUAUAUUUUAGCCUAUGGUAAAGUGUUUCUAGUACGAAAAAUUAAUGGUUCAGAUAUGAAUAAAUUGUAUGCAAUGAAAGUUUUAAAAAAAUCAGCAAUAUUACAAAAAGCAAAAACAGCUGAACAUAUUAAAACUGAACGACAAGUAUUAGAAGCAAUUAGACAAAUACCAUUUCUUGUCUCUCUGCAUUAUGCAUUUCAAAGCGAUGCAAAACUUCAUCUUGUUAUGGAUUAUGUGAGUGGUGGUGAAUUAUUUACACAUUUAAACCGUCGACAACAUUUUACGGAACCAGAUGCAAAAACUUACAUAGCAGAAUUAACAUUAGCAUUAGAUCAUUUACAUAAGCUUGGAAUAAUUUAUCGUGAUAUUAAAUUAGAAAAUAUUUUACUUGAUAGUGAAGGACACAUUGUUUUGGCCGAUUUUGGUCUCAGUAAAGAAUUUCGUCCAGAUGAUGCCGAUAAACGAACAUACUCAUUUUGUGGAACAAUUGAGUAUAUGGCUCCCGAAGUUGUGAAGGGUGGAGAUAAUGGACAUGAUUUUGCAGUGGAUUGGUGGUCGUUGGGCGUACUAACUUUUGAAUUAUUAACUGGGGCAUCGCCAUUCACUGUUGAUGGCGAUCGAAAUACUCAACCAGAGAUUUCGAAACGUAUACUUCGAAAUCAACCGUUGAUACCCAAUUAUAUUUCGAAAAUAGCAAAAGAUUUUAUUCUUAAAUUAUUAUUGAAAAAUCCACGAAGACGUUUAGGUGCUAAAGGAUCAGAUGACGUCAAAAAACAUCCAUUUUUUAAUGGCAUUGAUUGGGAUGCACUGGCUCAAAAACGAACAUCAGCUCCAAUAAAACCAAAACUUCGCGACGAAAUGGAUACAAGUAACUUUGCAGAAGAAUUCACACGUUUACCAAUCACUGAUUCACCCGGUCUUGCACCACCAACCGAAAGUUUAUUUCGGGGUUAUUCAUUCAUCUCACCAUCAGUACUAUUUGGUCCAGAAAAUGCCGUUAAUGAAGAAUUGUAUAAUUUAUUACGUUUAACAAAUCAUCAAAGACCAGAUCCAUCACAAUUACAUCGUCUAAUCAAAACAAGUUCAUUUUUUUUAAAUUAUGAAUUAGUUGAUAGAGAAGGUUUUCUUGGUGAAGGAAGCUAUUCUAUAUGCAGACGUUGUCGUAAUCGUCGUACUCAAGAAGAAUUUGCUGUUAAAAUUAUCUCGAAUCGUCAAGAAGUUGACACUCAGAAUGAAAUUGAUUUAUUGACAUUAUGUCAGGGACAUCCGAAUAUUGUCAAAUUUCACGAAGUAUAUCGCGAUGAACUUCAUACAUAUAUUAUAAUGGAACUACUCACUGGCGGUGAAUUAUUUUAUCGUAUUCGUACUCAAGCAACAUUUUCAGAGAAAGAAGCUAGUCAAUUAAUGAAAAAACUCGUAUCAGCUGUUAAUUAUAUGCAUGGUCAAGAUUUAUGCCAUCGAGAUAUUAAACCAGAGAAUUUAUUAUUUUCAAAUGCACAACCACAAGCAGAGAUAAAAAUUAUCGAUUUUGGUUUUGCUAAAAAACGUAUUAAACAACAACAAAUGACAACACCGUGUGGCACAUUAGGAUAUACCGCUCCUGAAGUUUUACGUGCUGCGACAGUAAUUCAGACAAAUCUACCAUCAAGUUCGUCAUCUUCCACAUCUUCAUCAACAUCCCAGAUAGCCGCUUCAUUGUAUGGCUAUGAUGAAUCUUGCGAUCUAUGGAGUCUGGGAGUUAUUUUAUAUACAAUGUUAAGUGGUGAAGUACCAUUUAAUUCAUUGACACAAUUCCGUUCAGCUGAAGAAAUUGUGGAAGAUAUCACACGUUCAAAAUUGAGUUAUUCAUCACCAGCAUGGAAAAAUGUAUCACAAAGUGCAAAAGAUCUUGUUAAAGGUUUACUAACCGUUGAACCAACCAAACGUUUGACAAUCAAAGAUCUAACUCGAAAUAAUUGGUUGCGCGGUUCGAAUGUUUCUACACAUGAACAGCAAUUAUUAUUAACACCUGGAAUCCUGUCACAAGCCUCUAGAUCAUUGAUCGUUCGUGCGGUGAAUGUAACAAUGAAAGCGUUUCAAAAAGCACAACAAUUUCAGUUAUCGUCGGUACAAGAUGGACUUUUAGCUAGACGACGCCAAACAAAACGAUCUACUGACUCCUCAUCUUCUACAUCUUCGUCCACAUUACCGACACCGUCAGCAGUAAACAAUAAUAAUGAUCAUUCAUUGAAUUCUAGCAGUAGUAGUCAUAAUACAUCGAUCACAAAUCUAUUACCCCAUACGAGACGUCGUUGUGAAAAUGGUGUAUGUCGAUGUCGUCAUGCUUGUCUUCAACAAGAAGAAGAACAACAGUCAACAACAUCAGCCUUACAAGCGCAAGCGUUCGAUUUUAGUGAAGAGCGUGUUCACCAAUUAAUGAAUAAUAAUCAUUAUGUAUCAAAAAUACGACAACAACAACCACCACUCGUUUUAAAUGGUCAUUCUUCUGCACAACAGCCAUAUCAGUACAACACAAGAUCACGAGCAGCACAUGAAUUUUUACAUCCAUCUCAUAUGUUUCAACCCACAAAUCAUCUUCUAUUACCUCCUCCACCUCCGCUCAUCGUCCAACAUCCAACUGCGUCACUACCACCACCACCACCGCCAACAGCACUACCAUCAACAACAACAAAUGGUUUUAUUCCUACUCAGACAACAGAUAAUGUAAAUAAUAAUAAACGAAAUCAUAUUCAAAUAACUGGAAAUAGUAGUAAUAAUAAUACCAGUUGGAGUGUACCGCCAGCAAAAAAAAUGAAGCGUACAGUAACCAUUGUCUUAGACGAUUGA